GGCCCUGGCUAACUGAUGGCGACAAUCAUGGCGGAGAAUUCCGAAGAAAGAGAAGUCAUUUGUCCUGAUAUUAAAAACCUAAUUUCUGUUGAAACUAAUAUAUCUUGUCCCUUAAAUGGCUGUUCUAAGAUCCUGCCAAGUACAUCAGCGCUAAGAAUGCACUUAGUUAAGAGACAUAAAAUCAGAGAAGAUGGAUAUGAAGUGUUUGAAAGAAAGAAAUCUUCUCAAAAAGUGUGGAAAAAGAAGUCAGUCUAUUGUUGUCCAGUUGCUGCUUGUAUUCGUGGAAGAAACUCAGGAAAAUACUUUAAUCGCUUAGCUCAUGUUAAACAGCACUACAUGAUUGUUCACGGUGAAAAGAAAUUUUCUUGUAAGAAAUGUGACAAGAAAUUUGGUCGAAAUGAUGUUUGUGUACGACACGAGAAGACUUGUGGAAUGAUUUUUACAUGCUCAUGUGGUUUACAGUUUAACUGUCGUACAUCAUUGUUGACACAUGCACGUCGUAAUGACCAUGAUGUUCCAAAAUUGUACAAAAAUUAUAGAAAUGUUGUAGAAGUGCAGCAAAGUUUGUUCAAUGUGAGAAUGGGUAGUUCCUCUUUACUAAUGAGAACUAUACCUGCAGUUAAUGACAAAGCUUUAAAAUCAAAGCUUACUUUAGUUGAUGCUGAAACUCAAACAAUGCAAACAUGUUGCUCAUAUGAUACUUUGCAACAGAAAAAUGGUUCCAUAUCAACAACAGACAUUCAACCUAAAGAUGUAGAAAGAAAAGCAAUAGGACCAUUUGAUCUGGAAGAUAUGGCUAUUUGUAAACAGACUCAAACCAAAGAUGAUUUUAGUCAUGGAUUUGACUUUGAUGUGGAUUUUCCAUUGGAUGAUUAUAAAGAGGUGACCCAUUCACAAACACAGACAAACUUAAAUUUGGCAUUAGAAAGUUUCCCUUUGUUUGAAGACAAUGAAACACAAACACUUGAGUCUUAUCUUGAACUAUACACUUCUACAAAUGAAUGUGGAACUCAAACUAAGACAUUUUUAGAUGAAAUAUUUUCUGUGGAUAAUGAGACACAAACCCGUCUUCCUUCAUUAAACUUGGACGAAAACUUCCCUCAUAUCAACAAUAAUAACUCUACAGAUGGACAGACUCAAACAUUUCUUCCUUGGAGUGAUUUUAUCAACUCAUCCAAAGAUGUUAUAUCCAUUGCAACCGAGUAUAAUUUGAUGGAAGACAUCGCUCAAACACAAAAUUCUUAAUAGAAUAAACAAAACUGUCUACAAUUAUUUGUUAUUUAAUAGUGAAAAUAUUCACCUUGAUAAAAUGUAAUUAUUGUUAAUAUUUUAUUGGUAAUUAUUUUAUAUUUACAAUGAGCAGCAAACUUUCAUUAUUGUAUUUCAACUGCUGUGCAAAGUUAUUAAUUUUUGUGCUAUUAAGACUCAUUGCAUUGUCUGUGCUCUUAAAAUAAGAAGCUGGAAGAUGAGUGGUAAUAAAAAUUUGGUGAGUUUUCACACUUCAA